AAGUAACAAAUUUCAGCUUGGCCUAACAAUUUCCCUCCAAAAGGCCUCUCGCACGACUCUCUUCGCUUUGAUAACUGUUUCCCCUCCGAGCCCUUAUUGCCGGUGGAAUUUGCUAUACAAAUGAUAAUUGACGAAAUAAACUCGCCGGAUCUCCGGCGAAUCGGCCACGAUGAUCCUCAAUUUAACAUAUGCUAUCAAAUGGAGUUAUCAAUCAAGGAAAUUGAGCGUCAUUCGCCCGGAAAGCCCUUGCCGGAGACCCUCUCCACAGAACUCCAGCGCUGCAUUAUUCAACUGUCUCCGCUCGUACCGCUUCCCAACUCAGUCAAGCUGCAGAUAUGGAAGCUCAGCUACCGCCUCUGGAACGCCUGUGUGGAUCUCUCUAACGCCGCAGGAGUCAAAUCCUCCGCCUACAAACUCAACGAAGAACACGCGAAACUGCGGCAAGCCUCGGCGGACCUACUCGUCCUCGCCUGCGAUGUCUCUGGUAUUCCCUCACCCGCUUUUAAAACCGCAUCCUUCUUCUAUAAGACCGGCCUUAUUUGGCACGAGCUUAGGAAGUUCGACCUCGCUAACAAUUGCUUCGAGAAAGCCACUGAUCUAACAUCCAAAGUAAAAAUCAGUUCGAUUUCAGAUGACGAUGAAAAAAGGCUUUUAUUAGACAUAAAUAUUGCUCGAGCGCGAACAGCUUGGGAAGUCUCUGAUCGAAACUUGUGCAUUACGUUGUUAAAUCGAUCGAAAAACCUGCUGUUUGGAGUUGCGGAGAACUACAAAGCUUUAGCAAACCAGUACAUGAUAUUCGCGAAGGCUCUAAUGUCUAAAGGUGAAGUUUCCGGAGUAAAUGAGGAAACAAAAUUGAUGAAUGAAGCAUUGGAGUUAUGUGAGAAGGGAUUGAAAAUAGUGAAAGGGGUGGAGGAGAAAACAGCUUUGAAGGAUCUGAAGUCAAAGACACUUAGAUUUAUGGCUGCAUCUCAUUUGCAGAGAGAUGAAUUUGAGAGUGCAUUGAGGUGUGUGAAGUUUUUGAGAAGCGGUGAGAGAGAUGAGCAUCCUAGUUUGAGUGUGCUGGCCAUGAAGGCUUGGUUGGGGUUGGGCAGGUUCGUAGAAGCAGAGAAGGAGCUAAGGGGGAUGGUAUUAGAUAAUGGCAUUCCGGAAGGAAUUUGGGUUUCGGCAGUAGAGUCAUAUUUUCAAGCUGUAGGGGCUGCUGGGGCUGAGACUGCAAAGGGGGUGUUUCUUGGACUUUUGGGAAGGUGUCAUGUCAGUGCCGGUGCAGCACUAAGGAUUGUGAAUAAGGUGAUAGGAGACGGUGGGUGCGAUGGAAAGGAUGCAAGUGUGAGGGCAAAGGUGGUUGCUGAGCUGGCAUCUGAUGACAGAGUGGUGGAACUCUUUGCUGGAGAGGCAGCUGCCAAGGAGAGGACAGCCAUGCAUGCUAUUCUAUGGAACUGUGCUGCCGAACAUUUCCGUUCAAAAAAUUACCAGAUCAGCGCAGAGAUUUUUGAGAAGUCUAUGCUGUAUGUUCUUUAUGAUAUGGAGGGUAGAACUAUCAGGGCAAAUGGAUAUAGAGUUUUGUGCCUUUGUCAUCUAGGCCUCUCACAGCCUGAUAGAGCUGAAGAGUACAUUAAUGAGGCUGACAAGCUUGAACCAAAUAUAGCUACUGCCUUCCUAAAGUUUAAGGUGUACCUACAGAAGAAUGACAACAAUGCUGCCACCUCCCAGUUGCAAGCAAUGUUGAGUUGCCUAGAUUUCACCACUGACUUUCUCUUCCUAGCUGCUCAUGAAGCCACUGCUUCCCACUCUCUUCCAGUUGCCAUAGCUUCCUUUUCCCACAUCUUAGACUUAUAUUCUGCAGGGAAACCAAUGCCAACUACUGAGGUCGUAACGUUCCGGACCUUAGUGGCACUUCUAUCUCACGACCAUAACAAUGAUUCUAUCAUCCUCAAACAGAUGAGACGAGCUCAUGGUAGAAUGUGUGACCUUGGGCCAAAAGCCUUUUUUGGGAAAGGUGAGGCUGGAAAACGUGAAAAAAAUUGGUUUUCAGUGAAUUCUUGGAAUUCUGGGGUAAGAUCUGGAAAGGAAGAAAAGUAUGACUUAUGUGCAGAGUUCUUUAGACUUGCAUCGGAAUUUUAUAAUGCUGUGACUGAUGAAGAAACAGAAGGGAACAAUAUGAUGGUUUGCCAGUCACUGAUAUUGUCUGUUUCUGCCAUUAUUGCUGAUGAGAAGCACAAACAUGGUACACUCACGGAAACUGAAGUCAAGCAGGCCAUCACAUUGCUUGAUACGGUGCAGAAGAUACUAAAGUCAACUGCAGGUGAAUCCGACAAUUUGUUAGAAACGAUUGGACACAACUUUCUCUUUGCAUACACAUGGAGUGCAUACGAUCUGUACGGGAGGUUGGAUGGAAUGGGUCACCAACAGCUUCUCCUAAUAAAACAGUAUGUCAACUCAAAGACCAGCACCCCGGACGAUCUCCUCCAAUUAGGCCUCGAUGCCUCACAAGGGCCGCGGUCAAACCAAGAAGUAGCGUCAUUUGUAUUGAACACGUGCCUUUCUGCCCUCCUGGCUGCCCCACUGCCCGAUUAUGCCACGGUCGCACUCGUCCUCAGAAAACUAAUCUCCCUGGGGACCGUCUGGAAGGGCGACACGCGCGAUGACAGCGUGAUGGAGAUGUACAGGCAAGCGUACAGGAUCAUGGUGGGGCUGAAGGAAGGGGAGUAUCCAAUUGAAGAAGCGAAAUGGCUUUCCAUGACUGCGUGGAACCGUGCAGCGGUGCCCGUAAGGCUGGGGCAUGCCGAAACCGCCAAGAAGUGGAUGGGUAUGGGGUUGGAGUUGGCGAGGAUGGUUCCCGGGAUGCAGACUUAUAUCUCAUGUAUGGAAGAGUUUGUUGCUGGGUUUGAAGAGGGAGUUCAGGAGAAGAUGGACACUGAGCAUGAGCAUGACGAUGCUAUGAACCUUGGACCGAGCGUAGCAUACUUUGAUCGCUCUGGCAGUGUCGUCUUCACGGAAGAGGGAGCUCGGAUCAUUUGUUCCACAUUCCAGCAGAGGCUUGAUCCAACAGGGGGUAGUUGGAAGAGCCUAAGCGACGCGACUGUGGACUUUUACUGGAGAGAGUUUCAGAAACAUGCCACUUGGGACCCUCGCAUUGAUGAUAGCGUUAUGUUCCGUGCUUGGCAAUCGAAGGCUAGAAGACGAUACACCGACUGGCUCUCAUCUAUUAGGAAUGAGAAGAAAGGAACAGAGAAGGUGCAGCCACUUGUACCGCAAUCGUGGAAGGAGUAUUGGAAGUCACCAAAGUUCUUGGCAUCCUCCAAGCAAAACAAGAAAAAUCGGCGUGGCGGUGACGAGAAUGCCCCUGCUAGCGCCACGCACACCGGUGGUCCAUUCGUUAUGUUCCGUGCUUGGCAAUCGAAGGCUAGAAGACGAUACACCGACUGGCUCUCAUCUAUUAGGAAUGAGAAGAAAGGAACAGAGAAGGUGCAGCCACUUGUACCGCAAUCGUGGAAGGAGCAUUGGAAGUCACCAAAGUUCUUGGCAUCCUCCAAGCAAAACAAGAAAAACCGGCGUGGCGGUGACGAGAAUGCCCCUGCUAGCGCCACGCACACCGGUGGUCCAUUGUCUUUUCGCGAGACUCAAGCGCGCCUUGGUAAAAGUGGAAAGGCUUCUGACUUGUACUCUUCGUACACACACACACAUACAAAGAAACAUGAUGGGAAGACCUUCGUCAAUAAGAAGGCAGAAGAACAAAACUACGUAGCCAUGCAGGAGGCAGUUCGUGAAGAGGGCUUAAAUGUGACACCUGACGAGAUUUUUCUAUCUACAAUCGGAGGAUAUGAUUCCAAGAAUCGUGUUCAUGGUGUUGGAGAUCUCGCACGGAGCCUACCACGAAUGCAUGCAAGUGAGGCAAGACGUGCUAGCACCAGCUCUAUGUGGGACUCUCGAGAUGAUGAGAUUCGGAGGUUGAGAGAAGAGCUAGAUGAAAUUAGGGCUUCCCAAGCUCGUAAAUUAUUGUCGAUUAGAGAAGAGAUGACCCGACUUUAUGGAGGAGUUUUCCCACAUGGAAAUGGAGAUGGCGGUGGAGAUGGAGGAGGGGCGGGAUUUGCAGGAGCUUGUUGAGUGUUAUAUUAGAAUUGAAGAACAAUAUAUUAAACUUAAGUUUUAUGG